UCUUGAUUUCUCUGUCUUGGGUCAAACGUACCUUCUUCCCUCUUCAACUUUGGAAAAGAAGGAAAUUGCUUUUAACCGCUUCAUUUACCUAUUUGUAAAGGACGGUUCGUUUCUUUUCAUAAAAUGCAAACAGAAAACCAAGGAAACGAUUUGUACCCCAUUGCUGUGUUAAUUGAUGAAUUAAAGCAUGAUGAAAUCACGUACAGACUUAAUGCUUUGAAUCGGUUAUCCACGAUUGCUUUGGCUUUAGGACCAGAGCGCACACGUGAUGAGUUGAUUCCCUUUUUAGACGAAUCGAUCGAUGACGAAGAUGAAGUUUUAUCGGCCUUAGCAACUCAAUUAGGCGACUUCGUUGACUAUGUAGGAGGACCCGAAUAUGCUCAUGUCUUAUUAUCGCCGUUAGAAAACCUUGCUGCAACCGAAGAAACACUUGUACGCGAAAAGUCUGUGGAAGCUUUAAACAACGUUUGUAAAUUUUUAUCACAAGAACAAUUGGAGCAGUAUUUUGUGCCUUUGGUACAACGCUUAUCUACAGCUGAAUGGUUUACUUCACGUGCUUCUUCAGCUGGCUUGUAUUGUGCAGCCUAUUCACAAUCUCAAAAUCCUGCUGUUAAAGUCUCUCUCCGCCAAAGCUUUAGUCAUCUGUGCCAUGAUGAAGCCCCCAUGGUUCGUCGUCCUGCUGCUACGAACUGCGCAAAUUUUGUUCUUCUUAUUACCAAACAGGAGGCUAUUGAUGAAUUUAUCCCACUAUUCAACUCUCUUUCUAAUGAUGAUCAAGACUCCGUUCGUCUUCUUUCAUUUGAUAUCAUGAUUUCCCUGGCCAAGGUGUUGGAAACAGACUCCGAUAUUCGUCACUACUUGAUUCAGCCUUUAAGGGCUUUUGUCCCUGACAGUAGCUGGAGGAGUCGUUAUAUGGUAGCUGCUAAUUUUGUGAAGCUCGCAAAGGUUGUUGGUACCGAUAUUAUAAAGGAUGAACUGAUUAAGCCUUUUAUUUUACUCAUGAAGGACAGUGAACAAGAGGUUCGUCGUGCCAUCGCAACUCAGAUUCCUGGAAUCUGUGAACUUUUAGACCGACAAACUGUUCUUGAUGAUAUUAUUCCUGUCCUUCAAGAUCUAAUUAAUGAUCCUGCGCAACAUGUCCGUGCUGCCCUUGGAAUGAAUAUUGGUGCUCUCGCACCUCAGUUAGGAAAAGAAAAAACGAUUGAAUGUCUCUUACCGAUGUUUUUGGAAUUGUUAAAGGAUGAGAACCCUGAAGUUCGCCUUAAUAUUAUCUCAAAGUUGGAUGUCGUCAAUAAAGUUGUUGGUAUAGAAUUGCUCUCUCAAUCUCUAUUGCCUGCUAUCGUCACCCUUGCGGAGGAUAAGCAAUGGCGUGUUCGUCUUGCAAUUAUUGAAUACAUUCCCUUGUUAGCACGUCAAUUGGGCGUGGAAUUUUUUAAUGAGAAAAUGGGAAAUCUGUGCAUGUCUUGGCUUGAAGAUCAUGUGUAUUCUAUUCGUGAAGCUGCUAUCAAAAACUUGAGGCAACUUACUGAGGUUUUUGGUUUACAAUGGGCUACAAAAACUAUUAUUCCAAAAUUCUUGGCUAUGCGUGGACAUCCUAAUUAUCUGUAUCGUAUGACUACCAUUUUCGCUAUUAGUGAGCUUGCACCGGUUUUAAAUGCAACCGUAAUCGAAACUCAAAUCCUUCCUAUAUUGCAACAUUUGUCUAAAGAUGCAAUUCCUAAUAUUCGUUUUAAUGUCGCCAAGUCCUUGAAAGUUUUGAGUCCUGUACUAAAGUCAGAAGGAAAAGGCGAGGUAUAUGAACAACAGAUUCUGCCCAUUCUAGAACAACUUACAAAAGAUGUGGAUGAAGAUGUUCAAUUUUUUGCAAAUCAAGCGCUUGAAGAAACAGCUAACUGAAUAUGAGGGUUAAAUAAAUAAUUGCAUUUUCGGGUACUAGUUGAAAGCUUCUUUUGUUAUAUAUGUACACCGUGAAAGAGUCUGAAUGAAUUAGUUUACAUAGCAAAAGAUAAAAAUGCGAAUGUAUAGGUAUACAGAGAGAAGCUUUUUUCUUUGCUAUUUACAGAUAACUUAUUAAUGAGCGCAACUACCUAAAGAUCACCAUGUCUUUAAAAGCUAUGGAAGGAGAUAAAAAAAUGAAGACGCUUCUAAUAGAUUGUACGAAAAGUAUUUAAUGAAACUGACAAGAGAUGCAUAUUAUUUGGUAGACAUAAAAUUACAUUUCACUGGGAAAAAACCUAGAUGAAAGAAAAAGGAAGAGCUGGCCGUACCAUACCGUCUAAAAAGUCAAGUGCUAAGUAAG